UGGAAGAAACCAAGAAUAUUUGCCAAUAUAACGAAGAUUGUCCUCCGAACAAAUACUGCGAUCGACUCAAUAGACAGUGUAUCAAUCCUUGCGUCGAGUUCGACUGCGGAGAAAACACAAAGUGUGUCUCCAGUAACCAUCAGGCGCAAUGCACAUGUCUUCCAGGAUAUCAAGGAAAUCCCCAUAUUGGCUGCCAGGAAAUAUCAAUUUCCGAUCCUUGCGUUCCAAAUCCUUGCGGUUUGAACGCUUUGUGCGAGAAUGAUAAUGGAAAUCCCGUCUGUUUCUGUCCAAAAGGUCUAACAGGAAGUCCGUUCGAGCAAUGCAUUCCUGAAGGCGAUCAAUGCGAUGGCGAUCCUUGCGGUGCUAACUCGGGCUGCCGGAUAGUUAACGGACAAGUGAAAUGUUUCUGUCUACCAGGAUACGAAGGAAAUCCACCGCGCACACCCUGCGCACUUCCCAGUAUUUCCUGCGAUCCUUCUCCAUGCGGUCCCAAUACUCGCUGUUCCGUGUUGGAGAAUGGCUUCGCGAAGUGUACCUGUCUACCUGGAUACAUUGAAAGCCCGAAUACUAUUCGAGGAUGCGUACCGCAAGUCGAUCAAUGCGAAAUUAAUCCUUGUGGUCUUGGAGCGAGAUGCAACAACACGAGAGUACCACCUUGUUACUGUCCGGAUCUUAUGAUUGGAAAUCCAUACAAAAGUUGCGGAGCACGCCCAGCGGAACCGUAUGACCCUUGUCUGUUAUCACCUUGCGGCAAAAACGCCAUUUGCACGGCAGUCGAUGGCAUAGCUAAAUGCACAUGCAUACCGCCGUUUGUUGGCAAUCCUUAUAUAGACGGUUGCGAAGCCGAAUGUAUUGUUAAUCGAGAUUGCGAGAGUCACCUGGCUUGCUUCAAUCAGCAUUGCAGAGAUCCGUGUCCAGGCGUGUGCGGUGCGAAUGCGCAUUGCGAAGUCAUCAAUCAUCUUCCGAUGUGCUCUUGCUUGCCGGGAUACACCGGCGAUCCGUUCAGAGCCUGCAAAGUGGAAAAACCUUUAGUACCAGAUCAAAAUCCGUGUAUGCCAUCACCAUGCGGUCCGCAUAGUAUUUGCCGUGUGAUGAACGACCGUGCAGUUUGCUCCUGCAGUCCGGGUUAUCAGGGUACUCCGCCGCAUUGUCGCCCAGAGUGUCUCGUCAGCACGGAAUGCCCGGCUCAUCUGGCUUGCAUUAAUCAAAAAUGUAACGAUCCUUGUCCGGGAUUGUGCGGUUUGAAUGCCGAUUGCCAAGUCAUCAAUCACAAUCCUAUCUGUAGUUGUCCUCGUCAGUACAUUGGCGAUCCAUUCACGCAUUGUGCUAAGGAAGAACCUUUACCACCAACCAUUGUGAAUCCUUGUUUGCCAUCGCCUUGCGGAUCGAACGCUGAUUGUCGCGUCCAAGAGAACCAUCCUAUAUGCACGUGCAUCAGCGGUAUGUUUGGAGCACCACCGAAUUGCAGACCGGAAUGCAUGAUCGAUCAAGAUUGCAUCAGUUCUUUGGCUUGUAUUCAAAAGAAAUGUCUGGAUCCGUGCGUUGGAUCAUGCGGUUUUAACACGAAUUGUACGGUGCAGAAUCAUCGACCUAUAUGCCAAUGUUACGAAGGCUAUGAAGGUGAUCCUUUCUCAGGCUGCGCCAAAGCCGUUUUCCCAGCGCAAUUGCCAUGCGAUCCUUCGCCGUGCGGUGCAAACGCCGUAUGUAAAGAGCGUAACGGCGCGGGCUCUUGUACAUGUCUGCCCGAUUAUACCGGGGAUCCGUAUGUGGGCUGCAGACCGGAAUGCGUGCAGAAUUCGGAUUGCGUUCACACGAAGGCUUGCAUUAACAACAAGUGCAAAGAUCCUUGUGUAGGCGCGUGCGGAAUUAACGCGCAAUGCCAAGUAUAUAAUCAUCAGCCAUCCUGCAGUUGCCUCUACGGUUACACUGGAGACCCGCUUACAUCUUGCCACAUACCAAUAAAACCUCCAGUGCAAGGUGAUACAUGCCAACCAUCUCCCUGCGGACCCUACAGCAACUGCCGCGUUAUUGAUAAUCACGCAGUGUGUUCCUGCCAACCUAAUUACAUUGGCAGCCCACCAUCCUGCCGACCGGAAUGCGUAGUCAGCACGGAUUGUAGCCCAAACGCGGCGUGCAUCAAUCAGAGAUGCAAAGAUCCAUGCGUAGGCACGUGCGGCGUAAAUGCAGAUUGUCGAGUGAUCAAUCAUAAUCCAGUCUGUAUUUGCGCGAUUGGUUAUAGCGGAGAUCCGUUCUUUGGAUGUGUCAAAGAAGUAGAGGUAACACCAGCACCAAGACCAAGCGGCAAUCCAUGCGUUCCUUCGCCAUGUGGACCGAAUUCCCAGUGUCGGGUAAUUGACGGCUUUCCGGCGUGCUCGUGUUUGCCAAAUUAUGUGGGCCGGGCACCAAAUUGCCGUCCCGAGUGUGUCAUAAACGAAGGAUGUCCCGGAAAUCUGGCGUGCCAGAAAGAGCAAUGCGUGGAUCCGUGCCCAGGCUCUUGCGGCGUUAACACAUAUUGCAAUGUCGUGAAACACAAUCCCGUCUGCAUUUGUAACGAUGGUUACACUGGCAAUCCAUUCACGGAAUGUACACCUAUCGUAGAAGCACCCAUUACAACGGAACAACCACGUACACCGUGUAAUCCAUCACCGUGUGGCGCCAACGCCGUAUGCAACGAACGGAAUGGCGUCGGAUCUUGCACAUGUUUGCCGCAGUACUUCGGCGAUCCAUAUAUUGCUUGCAGACCCGAAUGCGUGACCAACGCCGACUGCGAUCGCAGCAAGGCUUGUCUGAACAACAAGUGUAUUAAUCCUUGCCCAGAUACCUGCGGUCAGGAUGCCACAUGUCGGGUGGUUAAUCAUGCCCCCAUGUGUUCCUGCCUGCCGGGUUAUACCGGCGAUCCGGUGAACGGCUGCACUAUCGUCGAUAUCGCGACGCCGUUACCGUCGCCGAUCGAUCCAUGCGAUCCGUCACCGUGCGGACCCAACAGUAACUGUCGAAUUCAAAACGAACACGCGGUAUGCCUGUGCCAGCCAGGAUUCUCCGGCAUUCCGCCGACCUGUCGACCAGGAUGCAUCGUUAGCUCCGAGUGUUCGCAAAACAAGGCGUGCAUUCACAACAACUGCGCGGAUCCAUGUCCUGGUUCCUGCGGACAGAACACGAAUUGUCUCACGGUGAAUCAUAAUCCCAUCUGCAGCUGUGCUAGCGGCUACUCCGGCGAUCCCUUCGUGCACUGCGCCAGAAUCAGCACCACGUCUCCGUUGCCGAAGGGAGAGGAAGAUCCGUGCUUCCCCAAUCCAUGCGGUCCCAAUUCGCAAUGUAAAGUAAUAGGUUUGUAUCCGGCAUGCUCCUGCUUGCAGAACUACAUCGGCCGUCCGCCUAACUGCAGACCGGAGUGCACCGAUAAUUCGGAAUGCUUCAACACCGCGGCAUGCAUUAAUCAGAGAUGUAAGAAUCCCUGUCUCGGUGCUUGCGGCGAGCUCGCCAGAUGCACAGUGCAGAAUCACGUUGCAUUCUGUACUUGUCCGGAAGGAUAUGAAGGCGAGCCUACCGUGCGUUGCGUUUUGGCGCUUCCGCCAGCGAUAGACAGACCCGUCUCGAAUCCGUGCUCGCCGAAUCCUUGCGGUCCUAAUGCACAAUGUCGUGAGAGAAACGGAGCAGGCGCUUGCGGAUGUCCACCAGAUCUGAUUGGUGAUCCUUAUGACAUUGUCAAGGGAUGCCACAGGGAAUGCGAAACAAACAAUGACUGCGCACCGCAGCUGGCGUGUGUUGGCUUUAAAUGCACGGAUCCGUGUCCCAAUACGUGCGGAACAUUAUCUAUAUGCAAUGUACAAGCGCACGUUCCUGUCUGCUUGUGCCCACCAGGAUACACGGGAGAUCCAUAUUUCGCUUGCGAAAUCAAGGAAAUGACAAAAACGUUAGAACCAUGUUCUCCAUCACCUUGUGGACCCAACAGUAAAUGCCGAGUCGUUAAUGGUCAAGCCGUAUGCAGCUGUUUACCAGAUUAUAGGGGAAUUCCGCCAUCGUGUAGACCAGAAUGCAUUGUUAAUGCUGAAUGUCCACCACAUCUGGCAUGUGUAAAUACAAAAUGCGCGGAUCCAUGCCCGAAUACCUGUGGACUGAGAGCGCAAUGUAUUACGAAAAAUCACAAUCCGAUUUGCACUUGCCCUGCCGGUUUCACAGGAGAUCCUUUCACUUUGUGCUCACCACACGUUCCUGACGACAUCCCGAUAACUGAACGGCCACCAUCGUGCACCCCGUCGCCUUGCGGUCCGAACUCUUUGUGUCAAAUCAUAUCCGGCAAUCCUGCGUGUUCCUGCCUGCCUAAUUACAUUGGCGUACCGCCACAAUGUCGACCAGAAUGCAUUUUGAGCUCCGAGUGCAAGAGUCACCUUGCGUGCGUCAAUCAGAGGUGCUCGGAUCCGUGCCCAGGCUCGUGCGGAAUAAACGCUCAAUGUCACGUAUUGAAUCACUUGCCAGUUUGCACAUGCAUGGAAGGUUUCACUGGGGAUCCAUUUACGCAAUGCAGCAUUAUUCCGCCAG